GGGUUGAGCUCAGUCACGAGGUUAUUCUGUUUCUUCUCCAAGACAUGGGUAUCUACAUACCUGAACAGUAAAGUUGGGGUGAAAGAGAGAAAAUCACGCUUGUUAUGUGCCAUUUACCUCCGCUUUCACCACCAAAAAAGUCGUUAGGACUGGCCUCCUCGUCUGUCGACAACAUGAACCCACUUCGACCUCUUCAACCAAAUGUCCCUUCCAUCGCAGCCUGGCCUCCGCCUCGUGCGCCAACAGUGCGUACUUCGCAGCAGCAGAGAAAGCAACAACAAGAGCAGCGGAAGCAGCAGGGGAAGCACGAGGUUCCAGUCAAUCUACGUGACAAUGUACUGCCCUUUGAUUGUAGCGCAUCCGUACUACCUGGACUAACAUUUCCCGAGGAUUUCAGAGCGUACCACUGUCCGCGCGACGAGACCAUUCUGACCCAGAACUACCAACAUUCACCACCAAAUCCUCUCCGAAAGGCCUCACACGAUCCAGUCUUUUUCAGCAGCCUAGCGUUAAGGUCAAGCGUCGCUGAACUUUUCGGUUGUGUGGUUACGCCCCGAAAGAACGAUCAGCAUGUCGGCGGCAGUAUUUGGCAAGCACCUCCGGCACUACCCUAUGAUCCCGAAGACGAUGAUGUGGUAGCUUGGAAGAAGGGUUUGGAGGGUGGAACUGACGACGAGCACAACAGGGUGAAGGCCUGUGCCGUUACUUGGCCACUGUGGAACUCUCGCCUCGAUCUGGAGAUGUGAGCACGGCCUAGAGAACACUCUUGCGGUUGUAUGAUCUUGAAUUUCUGUGAUACGGACAUGCUGUCCUCUAUACUUGGCAGAGUUGCAGCUCGAGCGACAAUCUCUGGGAGCACCAAGAAGGCGCGUACUGUUUGGUAUGGGCAGCCGGUACAUUCG